AUGGGACGUUAUGUCCCUCCGGAUCAGGAGGGAUUGAUGAGUGGAAACCAGUUGCAUGGGAAGCACGCAUUGGGGGCUCGAGCGAAUAAGAUUUCUCAGGGUAUCUUAACAGUACGAUUCGAGAUGCCAUAUCCUAUCUGGUGCACACACUGUCCGAAGCCUACAAUAAUAGGACAAGGAGUGCGGUUCAACGCAGAGAAAAAGAAAGUAGGCAACUAUUUCUCCACCCCGAUCUAUAGUUUUCGCAUGAAACAUGUUCCUUGUGGUGGUUGGAUUGAGAUACGGACGGAUCCAAAGAAUACAGCCUAUGUGAUUACUGAAGGGGCGAGAAAACGAGAUACAGGCGAGGAUAAAGUCAUGGAAGGGGAUUUCAAGAUUUUGUCCGAGGAUGAAAGGGAAAAGCUAAGAAAUAAUGCAUUUGCAUCUUUAGAGGGGAAAGUUGAGGAGAGGGAAAGGCUAGUAGGUAGCAAGAAACGACUAGAAGAGUUACAAGAUCUUUCCAGCCAAUGGGAAGACCCCUAUGAAAGGAAUAGAAAAUUAAGGAACACUUUUCGAGAAGGGAGGAAGACGCAAGAAAAAGAGGCCGGCGUAGCAUCUGCAUUACAAGAUAAAAUGAGUUUAGGCCUUGACUUGUUGCCAGAACAAGAGGAGGAUGCACAGAAAGCUGGUUUCAUUGAAUUUGGGGAUAAUGAUUCUCAUGCCAGUAUUACUAAAGCAAUCUCGAAGCCUCUAUUUGAGAACGAUCACCCAUCGUCCAAAGCAGAGAGAAAGGGUUCAAAGCUCUCACGGAGAAAGCAGGCUGAGGCAAUAGUAGCAAAACAACGUGAGAAUGCUGUGGCUGAGAUAAGAGGUAAUACCAGAGCUGCGAUUGAUCCAUUUCUCAUCAUCAACCAGCCAAACGGCGCCAAAAACACGCCAAAAACUUUGUUGGCCGGAGUCAAGAGGAAAAGAUCUAACCCUGAUCUUGAGGAGGCUCCAUCUACAAGAAAAGUAGUUGGUUUGGUCGACUAUGAUUCCGAUGAUUGA